AUGGAGAAAAACCGCGAGGGGACGUGUGUGGCUUUGAGAUUGUGGGGUUUGCUGCUGCUUCAAGGGGCUGGGCGAGGGGGGGCAGCUGCGGUGGACACCAGUGGGUUUAGGCCGAUGGAGACAGACGGAGGGAAGGAGGGAGGGAAGGCAAGGACUGGAGGGCUGUCAGGUGGGCGUGGCCGGGGCCAGGAAGCUUCUGGAAGUCCAGCCCGCUGCUCCCUUCCGCAUGCGCUGCAGCGCUGGGCCCAGUGCUGGCUGGUGCUGGCGCCAGGACGGGCAUCCUGGGGGACAGGUGCCCCUCCCCCCGCCCCAUGCAGCCUGGCUCCUCACCCCCUACUGCCCCCCACCCCGACUCAGUGUCCCCACCAAGCAUCUGGUUUAUUUAGGAAAACGAAACCAGCUCCAGGGUGA